AGCAGUGUAUAAUUUCGAAAAAAUAGUGAGAUCGGAACUUAUUAUCAGGCUUUUAGCAUUUCUGAAUUUCUGUUCACUAAUUUGUGGGGACGUAAGAGACUAAGUGGCCGUUGUUGGUAGGAAUAAGACUGAGUUUUCUGUUGUGAACAAUAGGACAUGCGUACGCAUUCAAAUUGUGUUGAACAAGAACAAUUGUAACAUGCAGUACUGGUGGAAUAUGCUGGUGCAUAGUUUCGUCCGGGAGUUUAGUAGCUGAUGUGUUGGUUUUACUAGAGCAAUAUUGAUAUAUGAAUCAAUCGGAUACGAGAAUGGAAGGCAGUGAAUGGGAGACGAGCUACUCAAGGGUCCACAAGUUCCCGCAGUAGAGUAAAGAAGAAGAGAAGAUAGAGAAGCUUUGGGCUAUGGCUCAUUCUCUAACCUCGUCGCCGGCUACUGCAACAACGCCAAUAUCAGCAAGGACCAAGAGCAGCGCCCAUUUUCCGUCGUCUAUCAAAGUUAAGGCCUGCCAUCAAGUCUCAGAUGGUCCCAACAAACUUGUUCACCGCAGGGCUGCGGGCUUGGGUUUGGCUGGUGCCGUGGUGAGCUUUAUCGUUGGUGACCGGAGUGCCAAUGCAGCUGCCAGAAGGCCGCCGCCGCCUACGGUUGACGAGAAGGAGAAGAAGGAUCCCAAUGUGAGUGGUGCGCUUGCAAAAGUGUUGGCUAGCAAAAAGAGGGAAGCCAUGAAGGAAGCGGUGGCUAAACUAAGAGAGAAAGGAAAGUCUAUUCCACAGUAGUCUGAUUAUAUCUCUGUCCGGAAAAAAAGAGUGCUUUUCAUUUUCUCAUGCAAAUCAAACAACAUUAUGAACACUGAUCAAUUUCCAUUUGUCUGCCCACUCUCAAGUCUCAACCAUGCAAUCUCCAUUCAUUGUGAUCUGAAAUACCAACAUAUGUACAAAAGAGCUCGUUAAGAUGAAUCUUUGUUCUUUGUCUAUUAAUCAAAUGGAAA